ACUUGUUACAAAAGCAGUCAAGCGUCAGGAAUUGAAAUGAGAUGUAUCUAUUUUUUUUUAAAUAAUGAAAAUUUGCAUAAGAUGUAUUCUUACGCGUUCCACCAGAAGACUUAGAAGUGGGGUUAAUCCUCUGAAAUGGUCUGAAACAAUGUGAUAGUUUUCCGAACUUUUACUUUCGACUGAAAAAGUGUCCGCUGUUUUCAACUUGUCAUUUCAAUGGAUCGUCCCAACUUUAUUUAUUUAAUCAACAAAUAUUUAUUAACAAUGGGUGUGCACAUAUUUCUGCUUCUGUGUUUAAUACAGGGAUCUAGUUGUGCAGUGCAAUCAUACUCAGAACUUCUUUAUCCUGUUCCCCGACAUAAAUUACGGAAUUUGGGGAACGCCGCACCCGAACUUACAGCAGCAAACUUUAAAUGUUCUGAGGAUGUACAGUGUGGAUAUUGUGGACCUUUAGUAUCAACAAGAGAAGACAACUUGCCUUUUACACGGUAUGCAGAGGGAAGUGACGCCGAAGUGUCGGCCACCAUUAAUGGCAUUGGAUAUGGCUUUCUUCAAGUGUCCCUCUGCAUUCGCAAUGACUCGUCGAAGGACGAAAACGAGGCCUGUGACCACGACGUAGUACUUUACAUUCCGGAAACGGAAUCAUUUAUAGUGCCUGUGUCAUCUGCUGCGGAAAUGUCUAUCAGCGUUAGACUUCCACUUGGUGUAACGUGUGAACAUUGUAUUUUGAGGUGGAGCCUUAUUGAAGAUGACCCAACAUGUUUAGGAUGUUCACUCACUACCGUCAACUGCGCUGACAUAGCCAUAGAUCCCAUCACACAUAGGAGGACUAAGCGUCAGGCAUCCAAAAAGAAAAGUAAGUCAAAGAAGAAAUCAAAGAGAAAAAAGUUUAAGCCUCUUCUCCCACCGCUGAGAGUGACCAAAGGGACUACUACUACUACUACUACUGCAGCACCCACCCGCUCUAGCGCAAAAACACUUACAUUUCUGGAAAUGGUAAAACAGAUGGUUGUGAAGAAAGAGCACCAAGUGAACACAAUACGAACCAAAGAUCUCAAAGUUAUGAAACAUACGCAACCCCCUCCUAGUCACUUUGCCUCCCAACCACUGUAUGUAUCACCAAAUCCAUACGUGCCAAUCAAAGUCAGACAAGGCCCUCUUCCCUCUCCAACCAGAAAAAGGUUCCCCCAAACCCCCAUUACAGCCAGUCCACCAAUUGCAUACGCGAAAACGCGAAAUAUUCCAACAAAAAUGAACACUAUUUACAACAAACAAUGGCAGCAGCCACAAACAGUGUAUAGGACUGGCACUAACGAGAUAGAAAAACCUGUAAGACGGGAUAAGAAUGGACAUAUUAAAAAAACCGCUCCAUCUAAUGCUUUUCUCAAUGCUAUUCGUCGCUUCAAGAAAGAUAAAAUGGGUCUGAAAGAAAUGAUUCAAAACGAUAUGCCGCAGCUAGGAGAGUUUCAUGGUAAUAUGGACAUUACUCGUGUAAAGAAAAUAGAGAAACCUCAAAACCACAGGCCAUCUGACAAUUUGCUUGAUGAAAAAGCCAAUCAGCGUAAGGGAUUGUUGCCCUCCAAACAUGAUUUUUUUGAUAAGGCCUCAAAAUCACGAAUCACUUCUACAACUAGGGCUAUUAAGCAGACAAAUCCGACCACUAAAGCUCCAACCACGAAGGCCCCAACCACCAAAGUUCCAACCACGAAGGCCCCAACCACCAAAGCUCCAAGCAAUGGUAAAUCUUCAACACGACGACCCAGGACCGAAGGUAUCCGCAAUCUAGCAAAGAACGCGUUUUUGGAAGCUAUAAUGAAGUUGAAAGGUCAGUCUCCAAGCAUGCCAAAACCAGAAAUAAAAACAAAUGUGAUUGCACCCAAACAACAACGUAUUGUUUCACAGAAAACAAAAACGACUUUAAGUGAUAUGCCAACAACAAGGACGACUACUACAACAAAAUUGCCCCCUACGACAAAACGUGGAGUGAUCCCUGUAACACAGAGCAAGCAGAAGGUUGCAGAUAAUUCUUUCUUAGAAAACAUCAAACGUUUGCAGCAUAAACAGGAGGAACUCCAUAAUCAACAGGGAUCACAGUAUGGUAUUCAGUCUGAUACACAUACGACACGAAAAGAAACCAAAGCUGUUGUAAUUCACACGGUAACACCCACUACAACAAUACAACCAUCGACGAAAGCAACACGCAAGACAGGCGGUGGACUUUUACCUAUGUGGGGACGAAGGAGAAAAACACCAGCAACUUCUAAAUCUACCACCACUUCAUCAACUUCUCGGACUACGACAACUUCAGCAAAAACUUCCGAAAGAACAUCAAUCGCAACAACAGCAUUCCAUACUUCACCAUCCAAAAGUGAAACAAGAACUUCAAAAACAACAUCGAUGCCAACAACGUUCUAUACUUCACCACAAAAAAGCAAAACAACAGGAAGAACGGAGUCUGUUUAUCCUUCCACACAAGAAUAUCAAACUCCUGAGAUACCUCCUUUAGAAGACAAUCCUUUUAUAAACUAUUUUGUGAUUCUUCCCCCUGUUGAUCAAAUGGGAACAAAAGGUACCACGAUGGAAUCGGGCACCACCAGUCCAAUUGAAGAAAUAUCUAAAACUAACGGAGUAUCUGAAGAUGCACAAACACAAUAUACAUCGAAAUUUACAACAUCACCUUCAGAAGGACCUUCGGAACUUUCAUCGAACGAUCACACAUCUGGAUCUACAACAUCACUUUUAGAAAAACCCUCGGAACAUACAUCAAUCAUCUACACAUCGACAAAGACUACUCUGAAGUCACCUUCAACUUAUUUGAUCUCUAAAGUUACAAACAAGAAUUUGAUUGAGUCAACUUCUCAAAAAUCGUCAGAAACUGGAAAAUUGGCAUCUGUUUCACCUCAUAAGGAAUUUACUGGAACAAUAUCUGCCUCGACUCAAACACAAGCAACGAAAACCGAUGGUUUUACAUCUAUGACUUCGUUUAAAACUAUGAAAACGACCCCUUCCACCACAAAUGUACCGCUAGAAAAAAGUAAAACACAAUCCGUCUAUACCCGCAUUCCAUCAACAGAAACCACUGGUUCGACAACAGGAAUGUCUGCGAAAACUGAGAAAGCCAAUUCCGCAUUAUUACCUUUAAAAAGAAUCACACAACAAGAAAAGACAACACUAACAACUGCUUCCAGAAGUUCUGUAAAAACUAAGAAAGACAAAUCCGGAUUAUUACCUUUCAAAAGAGUCACACAACAAGAAAAGACCACCCUAACAACUGCUUCCGCCAUCAUACCUGCAAAGAGAACGACACUAAAUACAAUUCCAAAGUCGGAAACAUUGAACGGCGAAAUAAGAAGGCAGGAAACAACGGUAUCAGUUAAUAAAGAUACACUUAAUGCUACAGAAAUACCCAAAGAAACUCCGCUAGAUGAAAUUUCGGCUUUAGCAUUCAAAGAAUUAUUUAAACCAGAAGAAUUCAAGAGGAUUCAGAACAGGAAGUCCACAUCAACUGGAAGAACGACACAAAGUGAUGUAACAUCCAAAUCAACAGAAAAAAGAGGCAUCAUUUCUACAUCAGAAGGGCCCGGGUCUAUAUUGAAUGCCACUAGCUCAAAUUCUCCCACAACAAUUCACUUGGAAUCUGACAUGCCAGAUGCACAGACUUACAGACUAUCUACCAAGUCAAUGCAGCAUAAAAACACACCAGGUUUACAUGUAGAAAUGCAUAAAAAUAUAAAUGGUGUUAAAAGUUAUGAUCUGCUAGAAAAGCAACUUCACGACAAACUAUUUGAGCCUGAUACACAUUCAAACUUACGAGGACCAGUUUAUUUAGACAUGGUCCACGAAGAUAUGUAUAAAACUCAAAAUGGUAAAACAAAAUUAUCAAAAACAAUAUCAACAACGACAGAGGCAACAACAGUAGCUAAACGAAAAGGUGGACUACUUCAAUUACUCACCAAAGAAACUAAGGAAAAGAAAACGUCAGGUUUCCUUCUGCCUUUGCCUAUUACAAGCAAGAGUUCAACUCCCAGUACAUCAGCCAUGCCCAUUACAACUACCUUUAUCACAACGCAAACUCCUCUUACUACUACAUUGACAUCUACAACACGACAAACAAAACCAACCACUGAUACAUCAUCUGUGUUGUUCAAAAUGCAAGAACUUCGACUACGAAAGUUACAACAGGAAAUUGAAAAUCUGAAAAUGAAACUUUUAGAAAUACACCAAUACUCUGUGACGUCAAGGGUCCCAAUUACACAACUCAGAACAACAUCACGGCUGACAACUCCAAUAAAAGAACAGUCUCAAACAAAAAUAACAAAGACCACACAAGCUCCAACGACUACACAAGAUUUGACAACAACGACAACACAUUCUCCAACGACGACAACGCAAGCGCCAACAACAACAACCACAACACCAGCUCCAACAACCACAACUAAAGCACCAACAACUAUGACAACACAAGCUCCAACAACAACGACAACACAAGCUCCAACAACAACGACAACGCAAGCUCCAACAACAACGACAACGCAAGCUCCAACAACACAAAUUCCAACAACACAAGCUGAAACAACAACGACAACGCAAGCACCAACCACAAUAACGACAACACAAGCUCCAACAACAACUACAACGCAAGCUCCAACAACAACGACCACACAAACUUCGACAACAGAAAAAACUACAACUCCCCAGUCGCCUACAACAACUAUACCAACCACAACGACCGAAUCAGUAGCUGUACUAAUUAAAAAUUUCAUGAAAAUAUUCCGUCCUCUUCUGUACAGACAGCUUCACCUGACUCCAAAAGAGAGACAACAAGAGCCUGCUGUGAUUCCAAUGAACAUGGUCAAAAGAACGACCAGAUCUCCCGGUUCAACAAGGAUAGCAUCAACAAUACAAGUAACAACACCAAAACCGCAACCAACGACAACAACAACAACCACUUCUACACAAACCACAACUACAAUCAAUCCAACAACAACAACUGAAGCUACAACGCCCACGACAACACUUCCAACCACUACGACCACACAAGCUUCAACAUGGAAACCAAAUAAAAUUCUCUUGACAAAGUUGACCACAGUCACAAAAACAACUAUUCCAAAAACAACUCUCUCCGAAAAAGUGCUUUUAAAACAAUUGUUAAUGGAACAUCAUCCUGACGUUUAUAACCGACUUUACAACACGAAGGCUAAAGAGCUGACUGAAAUAAAAACUACUGGCAAACCAACAACAGACCCCCUUACAGCUGCUGCAGAGCCUUUCGUGGAACUGACAGAACAAAGAGACCCAACAACGACAACCAUCAAAACAACAACACUACCACCAACGACGACCACAACAUCAAUCAAAACUACACCAUCAACAACAUCAAUCAAAACUACACCAUCCACAACAUCAAUCAAAACUACACCAACCACAACAUCAAUCAAAACUACACCAACUUCAACAUCAAUUAGAACUACGCGAACCUCAACAUCAACUAGAACUACACCAACCUCAACAUCAAUUAGAACUACACCAACCUCAACAUCAACUAGAACUACACCAACCACUACAAUAACAACUUCACAAAAAAGACUGGCUACACUUUCGGACAAGAAGAUCACACUACCUGGUUCCACCACUCCAAUUAGUUUUUAUGAAUUCCUUGCUAAGGCAAAAAAUGCAAAUAUACCUAUUCCACCCAACAUCCAACUAGAAUUGAAAAAUAUAUUUGGAAAAAGCACUACAGGAUCUACGACAACUACCACCACAACAAUAAAACCAGUUGACCCACAGCUGAUAGAAGAUUUCAACAAUCUUAAAACAAGAGGACCAAUAAGGCGAUGGAAACCACCUUCUCCUAUCCAGAUUUACAGGGUUAAAACUACACAAGAAGCUACUUCUCCCUAUCGAACUACGAUUACCACUCGGAAGUCAACUACGGUUACGCCCGCACCAACUACAAACAAAACGCCAUCUGUAGCCGAAUUCCUUGACAAAUACAGAGAAAUGUAUGAACAUGGAGUUGACAAACAGGAAAUUGUCCAAUCAAUCUUCCAAAACAUCGAUAUCGAUACACUGGCAGAUAAUAAAGCCUUGUUUAACGAGCUUCUGUCUACUAAUCCCCCAGAAAAACUUGAGGCAAAUUACAGUCCGUCCACAAAUAUAGGAUAUCCAUAUGACGCCACUCUUAAUUAUGGACCAAAUGCCUUACAGAAUACCCCACACAAUUACGGACCGAAUUCCUUCCAGGACACUCAACAUAAUUACGGACCGAAUGCUUUACAGAAUCCGGAUAGGAAUGUAAUACACGCAUAUUCUGAGCGACAAUCAAACCGAGAUGGUUCUCCUGGCCUUAGUGCCUACGACAAUAGGGUAAUGGGGGUACCCGUGGUGCCUUUAGAUAAUAAUCCUACGCGACAACCCUUCCGAUUUGCUCGCAAGUUCAGAAUAGACUCACAUGAACCAGUUGGAUGGGGUUCACCUGUAAACGAUAUACAGAUUCGUGAAUACAUGUACAAUGAUGAACAAUCGAUAAACAAUAUUCAAAAAAAUCCAGAAAGAUUCGCCCAAGUAGCGGUUGAAGCUCCUCGGGGCUCUUUCGACACAGUAGCAGUGGAGAACCCCAAUUCAGGCUUCGUUUCCAAUAAUAACGAAGGUUUUGGUGCGAAAAAUACUAGACCUCCAGUAUUACAGCUUGAGAAUACCGUUGCUUACAGAAAGGGGGGUCUUAGCAGUAGCAACCAUGGUCCGCUUGUAGUGGGUCCUAGUGGCUCACUAAUGAAGCUAGGCAUGGUUAAUAAACUGCAAAGCGUGGAUCAACAAGGUAGCGGAGCUGUGAUUAUGUCUAAAUCUCUGGGAGCAAACUUGGUCUUACAUGCACAGGACAGAGUUGGUGGAGAAGUCUUCAGCAGUUCCGGUACUCUUUCACAGAAUCCACGAGACAUAGGUCCGCAGGAUUUUACAAUGAAAAAGCAGUCUGGAUCGCUAUCAAGCACUGGAAUUGCAAGAAGCAGUCAUUUGUCAGCUCCAAGAAAUUCGCAGAUUUCGGAUCCACGGACUUUCCGAUUGAGACGAAGCACUCGGCAUGGUUACGAAGACCAAACCAGGAGACGUAAUUACAUGUUGGAGGAACAGUAUCUUGUGACCUCCGAUAAAUUAGCAUGUGUCGCUGGAGAGACACUUGAAUGUAAAGGAAUUGGUGAAUUCAAAGACAUAACAGGGAUAAACUGGUUCUGUCUGAGCAUGUGUGAAGGAGACAGGUGCCCGUUGGAUAAAUGUCAGUGUGGUUGUAGAGAUAGUAAUACUGACAAAUGGCGACCCAUUACGGUCAAAUAAAUUCACAACUAAUCCACGUUCUCCCGGGUCGAUGUAAUACAUUGUAUAUGUUUUGAUUGUAUCAAGUACACUGUAUAUCCAUUAUGUUCUAUGGAAAUAAAUGCACUUUUUCUUUUGGUGACA